AACGCAAUAUCUGUUAAUAUCUCUCUCUCUCUCUCUCUCUCUCUCUCUCUCAGGGGCUCGGGAGAAGAUGGACAGUUAGGAAUUGGAAACAACGAAGAGAAAGAAUGGGUUUGCGCAAUCAAAUCUCUUCACUCCGAAACAGUUCGCUCUAUUGUCGCCGGUAGUCGUAACUCUCUCGCCAUUUGCCAAGACGGCAAGUUGUUUACUUGGGGCUGGAAUCAAAGAGGGACUUUGGGGCACCCACCUGAGAGCAAAACUGAGAAUGUCCCCAGUCAGGUUAAAGCCCUUGCCAAUGUCAAAAUUGUUCAGGCCGCUAUUGGGGGGUGGCAUUGUUUGGCUGUUGACGAUCAAGGCCGAGCUUAUGCUUGGGGCGGGAAUGAGUAUGGCCAGUGUGGUGAAGAACCUGAGCGAAAAGAUGACCCUGGUAGGCCUUUGAGGCGGGAUAUUGUAAUUCCGCAGCGAUGUGCAUCAAAGCUUUCAGUUCGUCAGGUGGCUGCGGGAGGUACCCACUCAGUGGUGCUUACACGCGAAGGACAUGUAUGGACGUGGGGUCAACCAUGGCCUCCUGGAGACAUAAAGCAAAUUUCUACUCCAGUGCGAGUGCAAGGUCUUGAAAGAGUGAAAUCAAUUGCUGUUGGGGCUUUUCAUAAUCUGGCUCUCCUUGAGGAUGGAGUUUUAUGGGCAUGGGGUAACAAUGAAUAUGGACAACUUGGAACAGGGGAUACCCAGCCAAGAUCACAACCUAUUCCUGUCCAAGGACUGUCUGGUCUUACUUUGAUUGAUAUUGCUGCUGGAGGAUGGCAUUCCACUGUCUUGACAGAUGAAGGAGAGGUAUUUGGUUGGGGCAGAGGGGAACAUGGAAGGCUUGGAUUUGGAGAUGACAAGAGCAGUAAAAUGGUGCCUCAGAGGGUUCAACUUCUUGUUGGGGAGGGCAUUGUUCAGGUGUCUUGUGGGGGCACCCAUUCAGUUGCAUUGACCCGUGAUGGCCGCAUGUUUUCGUUUGGACGAGGAGACCAUGGACGGCUAGGAUAUGGGAGAAAAGUAACUACUGGUCAUCCCUCAGAGGUGCCCAUAAACCUCCCACCCCCAAGAAAUCUGAGCGGCAGUGAAGCUGAUGGCCGUUGGUGCGCAAAGCUUGUCGCUUGUGGUGGCCGCCACACUUUGGCAAUAGUGGAAUGGCAUGAAUCUGAACAGUUGAACUGAGGUGUGAUGCUAUCAAAUUAUCCUAUUGAAGCCUAAUUGAUUUAGAGUUCUGCAUUACUAAACUACCAUUCAUGAUAAAAUUAUGUCGUGUUCACCGGAGAAUGGGAAAAACUAUACGAACUGAGGUUGGAACACCUAUUGCAAUUUAGCAUAGAAUAUAAUGGGUGUAUAAAUCCCAUAUGUUUAAACUCUUUACACUUGAUUAUGUCGUGUUUGAAAUGUUGGGAUAGUUGGAUCGGUAAAGAUAAUCUUCCCCUCACUGGAUUGCCUUUUUGUCUGUUUUAUUUAUAUAGGAAUCAUCUUCUUAAGCAUUUGACAGAUGAGAAAUAUUUGAUCAAUAUAUAUUUAUUGCUGUCCA